AUGGAGCUUCUGAGGGACAGCGACGACUGGGCUGACGUGGAGCCAUUACCGCAGGACGACGGUCCGGAUCCCGUCGUGCCGAUCGCGUAUUCGCGCGAGUUCGACGACGCCAUGGGCUUCAUGCGCGCCGUUCUCGCGUCCGGCGAGCGCAGCGCGCGCGUCUUGCGCUUGACGGAGCGCGUUAUCUCCGUCAACGCCGCUAGCUACACCGCCUGGCAGCUCCGUCGAGACGUUCUCACGCAUCUGCUGUCGUUAGCGGAACCGGAGGCCACGACAUCGAAGCCCUCGUCCACGUCAGCGGAUGAGAAUCGAGGGGAUGAAGGGGAUUGGCUGGUUCAGGAUGAGUGGGUGGCGAGGGAAUUUGACACGUGGCAUGGUGAGCUGACGUUCUGUGAGAAGCUGUUGGAUGAUGAUGUGCGCAACAACUCAGCAUGGAACCACAGAAUGUUUGUACUGGAGCAUCUUAUAGCGAAGCAGAAGCAGGGAGCAGAACAUGUGGGAGGAGGAGCCAAUCAGGAGAAGGAUUCCGAAAUUAGGGUUACACCAGUAACAGUGGAGGAUGAGGUGACGUUUGCAGUGACCGCCAUCUGGCUUGCUCCGUCCAAUGAGAGCCCUUGGCGGUAUCUCCAAGGGCUGAUUCGCCUGCUGGAAAAAGAAGCAGAAGGUGUGGGUAAGGAAGGGGAUCUGAGGCUUCUUGGAAUCUGCAUGGAUGUGCUGGCAAGUGAGCCGGAGUGUGUUCAUGCGUUAGCGACUCUGCUGUCAGUGCUUGGUCGGGGUUGCAUGUCUGAUAAAGUGGGUAAGGUGUUAGGGUUGAGCCAGGAUGGUGCUGGUGAUAGUGCUGCUAUCUCAUGCACGGAUGCAGCUGUAGCAUUGUGUGAGAAGCUGCAAAAGGUGGAUAAGAUAAGGCGUGGACCGACGCUUACGGCAUGGACCGACGCUUACGGUCUGGCAGCGGGCUCCGUCCUUCCCCCGUCGCGCAUCGCCCUCCCCCCGAACGUUCCCCCCCCGCCGCACCUUGAGGACUGCGCGACGCGCACGGCACAGCGCCGUACAAAAGAGAUGCGCGGACCCAACGGGGAGCCGCCGCGGUGGACGCGCGCGCGGGGCAGGUGCCGGUACCCGCAACCCCCGUGGGUGGGUAUUGGGCGGAGGGGGAAUCGGGGGAGAGGCAGGAAGAAUCGUGGGGCGGGGGAAAGUAAGGUGGUGGGGGUUCCGGCAGCCCCUGUGGGUGGGUAUUGGGGCGAGCACGGGGCGGAUGCCGGUUCCGGAAGCCCCUGUGGGUGGGUAUUGGGGCGAGCACGGGGCGGAUGCCGGUUCCGGCAGCCCCUGUGGGUGGGUAUUGGGGCGAGCACGGGGCGGAUGCCGGUUCCGGCAGCCCCUGUGGGUGGGUAUUGGGGCGAGCACGGGGCGGAUGCCGGUUCCGGCAGCCCCUGUGGGUGGGUAUUGGGGCGAGCACGGGGCGGAUGCCGGUUCCGGCAGCCCCUGUGGGUGGGUAUUGGGGCGAGCACGGGGCGGAUGCCGGUUCCGGCAGCCCCUGUGGGUGGGUAUUGGGGCGAGCACGGGGCGGAUGCCGGUUCCGGCAGCCCCUGUGGGUGGGUAUUGGGGCGAGCAGGGGGCGGAUGCCGGUUCCGGCAGCCCCUGUGGGUGGGUAUUGGGCCGAGCACGGGGCGGAUGCCGGUUCCGGCAGCCCCUGUGGGUGGAUUCCAGGUGCGGGGCUCAGAUGCUGCCAACCUGGCAGCGACCCGCCAAGCACAGGCCGACAUCUGGCGACACCAGUUCCCAAACGAAUCACCUUCAGCUGCCAAGUCAGCAGCUGCCACCUCAUCAGCUGCCACCUCAUCAGCUGCCACCUCAUCAGCUGCCACCUCAGCAGCUGCAGCAUCUUCAUUUCAGUCUGAAUCAAACCCAGUCGCCUCCACGUCAGCCUGCUCCGGGCGGCGGCUCUUCGUCGUGGAUUGGCCGAAGAGGAAGCACGGGAUUGGCUCUCAGCUAAGCAUCGUGAGCGCUUACUUAAGCCUUGCGCUGACUCACAACCGCACGCUCGUUCCCACGCCCGGCACUUACAUAAGAGCCAACCAUUCCGAGUGUCUAGAGGCUGGGAACUUAAACUCGUUUGACUGCUAUUUCUUCCCCUUGGUUGCUAAGAGCUGUGAGGAGCGAGUGAGGGAGGCGAUGGGGGGAGGAGUGGAGGCUGGAGGCGGCGUGGGGAGUAGGGUUCAAACUAUGGGAGAGGGAGAGGGGGAAGCAGCGGAAGGGAAAGUGGAUGGGGCGGAUGGGGAAAAAGGAAGAGAGUGGGAGGGGGCGUGCGCGGAUCACAGCAACGUGCGGGCCUUAUUGGGUUCGGAUCGUCCCAUCGUGAGGUUCUGUGGGAACUACCUGCACCUGAAAUACGAAGCUGGCGCUGCCAGGUUGUGGGGGUCGGCGUACCUGAGGCGGCGCAACAGCAUUGAAGUGAGGGGGCGCGUGAAGGCCUCGGUGCCGAGGCUGCAGCAGGUACGGGAGUGGGAGGUAUGGGAGUGGCAGGUACGGAAGUGGCAGGCACGGGAGUGGCAGGUGCAUUGGUGGCGAGCACAGUCGCUUCGCUUCAUGCUGAGGUGGCCGUCGGCGUACCUGUGCCACGUCAGCAACAGGGUGCGGCAGCAGGCGUAUGGGCUCCACGUGGCAGUGCGGAUUGAGGAGUCAAGAGCGGCUCAAAAGAGGAUCCUUGACUCUCUCGGUGCUGCCGCUGCUGCUGUUGGUGAUAAUGACGAUAACAACGAGGCUGGGGGAAAAGAGGGUUAUGAUAAAGAGGGAGAAGAGGGGGAGGAGGAGGAGCAGGUGUACAGGCGAGUGGGCGGGGAGGUGUAUAUGCCACGGCCGGUGGUGAGCGUGCAUGUGAGGCAGGGGGACAAGGAAAAGGAGAUGCGUCUAAGCUCGUUCCGAGCGUACAUACUGCACGUGCAACGGCUGAGACUCAGGGUGCCGGACGUUCAUUAUGUGUGGCUCAGCACAGAGAUGCAGUCUCAGCCAUGCACACAGAUGCUCGAGUAUGAGAAGACAGGAGGGCGGGCGCAGCUGGUGGGGAUGAGCUUUCUAGCCGCCCCUCUGCUGUUCUCUUCUUACAUCAGUUCCCCCUCCUGCCCUAUCCUGAUGUUUUCCCUAUCUGUUGCCCUUCCCUCCACUCACACUCAUCCCUCCCUCCCUUGCUCCUCACAGUCAGUAAUUGACGAGUUAGACAGCUACAGCGAUUGGACUUUCAUGUACAGUAAGAACAAGCGCCAGCUCGGAUCAACCCAGAUGCUAGAAUAUGAGAGAGCAGCGGGGCUGGAGCAGCUGGUGGGGGUCAGCUUUGCGAAUCUGCUCAUCGCUUCCGAGUGUGAUUUCUUUGUUGGGCCGCUAGGAUCGAACUGGAACCGACUGAUUAACAAUUUGAGGGACACGAAUGGGCGGGUGCAUGCGGGGUACGUUGCUCUCAACACUGGCGAGUGGUGA